AUGCCUGCGCAGCCUGCGAUAGCCUCCAUCCAGCAGAAUGGCGAGGAUUCGGACUCGGGACUAUCGUCUUUGACGGAUAGCGAGUCGGAGUACGAGCUUGAACGAUCGCCGACCCCGCCGCCUCCCAAGAAGAAAGCCGCGCCAAGGAAGAGCUCGGGGCAGGUGUCCGCGAAAGGUGCAGCGGGAAGGACGGCGAAGGCGGGACCCAAGUCGGUGCAGGCUCGAGCAGCCGCCGCGGCAGCGGCGAAUGUGGCUUCGACCUCUACGGCUCCAGCGCCUGUGAAGGAGGAGGACGAGGAGGAGACGCCAGCCGAGGCCAUCCCGAAGGUGUCCCCCAAGACGAAGCGCACGCGCGCGUCAACGACGCAGGCGACGGCCACCAGCCGUGCCAAGUCCACCAAGAACGAGAAGAAGAUUGUCCCCAUGUUUGACAGAAAGCGGCGGACGGAGAACAUGUCUGUCGCAGACAUUUACAGACUGGUCACGAAAGGGAUCAUCAACCUCGAUGCGGAGUAUCAACGAGAGGUCGUAUGGACAGUGGAUAAGCAGAGCUCGCUCAUCGACUCCAUCAUGCAAAACAUACACAUACCGCCGCUCAUCUUCUCGAUGAAGAACGACAACGACAUCAUGACAUGCAUGGAUGGCAAGCAGCGUAUCACGUCUAUCAAGAGAUUCAUGGACGGCGAGAUUCCCUUGAAGGACUCCCGAUCGGGCAAGCGAUACUGGUUCUGCGGCAACCCGAAGACAAAGACCUCAACCAGGCAACAGAUUGACGAGGACAGUAGGGAGCGCUUUAUGCGAACCCAGAUUGUGCUCGUCUAUUACGACAACAUCACCAUCGAGCAAGAGCGAGAGAUUUUUGGGCGCGUGCAAAAUGGUGUUGCGCUCACACCGGCAGAACGCAUGCGCGCGAUCAACAGUCCCCCAGCCGGGGUGGUUCGCGCCGCAGAGGCCCAUAUACGGGACGUACUCAACCAUGCGCCCAUCACUGCAUUCAUGCAGGCCGACGGAGAGCGCUUCUAUACCAUCGCGCAGCUCGCCAUGCUUGUAUGCAACGCGAAGGCGGAUGCGCCAGACACGACACGGACGGAGCGAUGGCUCAACGGCACCAGCGUCGCGCGGGUGCCUCACUUCUGGCGCGCGUUCAACAUGCUGCUGAUCAUCGCGCUGGAGGAGACGGGCGAUACGGAGGGUUGGACAUCUGCCAGCGACUGGGCGCCCCCUAGCGGCGCAGAGAUUGUCAUGGCGGGCUACCUCGCGUACCACUGGCGUGAGCGCGAGGUCGCGCAUGUUAUUGCAGGCGUGCGCGCGCUGUGGGCGCAGGUCCGCGCGGCGCACGCGGGGCCGAAGGGGAAGGUCAAGCUCUCGGAGGCCGUGUACAAGAAGAUGAAGGAUUUCGCGAAGGCGUCCCCGCGCUCGACCACGUCCGGCUGGACGUGGGGAGGUCUGGGUCCUAAUGCGGGCCCAAGGGCAGGAGAUAAGGUGACCGCCGCAGUGCCGGAGCAGGCGAUGGGGUUGGAGGAGCUGAGGGCGUUUGUAGCAGGACUGGGCGGAGCGGCGCAAGUUUCGGUUGCGCCUGUGACGACCGCGCUGCCACCUGCCCCCAUUCCGCAAGCGACAGGCAAGCGGAAAGAGGCGCCGACGAAUGAGGGCGAGCGGUCGACUAAGCGCGCCCCCGUUGUGGAGCCUCUUCCAACCGUGUUGAUCCCGUUAGGACGGAAGCGGAAGAACGAGGAGGACGAAGCGGCGAGGCCAGCAAAGAAGCGGGCGGGCGAAGCGGGAGUUGCAAGUAUUACCGCGAGCGUAAGCUGGAGCUCAACGACGUUGAAAGCCACCGCGUCAUGCCAGCAGGCGGUCCAGUCGGCAGGCGCGGGUUCGUCCGGACCCUCAACGCACCGCGCUGCGCCUUCCACUCAGAAAACCUCUCCGAAGAGGGCGACGACGUUCGCGCCUCUUUCGAAGACGGUCGCGGCGAAGAAUGGGAAGAGCAAGGCGGCCACGACCAUCAAGCCGCGGAAGUCGUCCGCCAAUACGCCCGUUGUUGGACAGGGAGUGGGACAGGGCAAUGCGAUGGCGACGAAUCAGGCGUCGACACCGUCGGGAGGCGCUUCGGGUUCAACUAUGUCGACAGCGCAGGGGAACGCGGCCAGCUCGCCUUACGACAACACGCCCAUACCUAUGGCGUCUCUUCCUCAUUUCCAGAGGAUCAGCGCGUCGGGACCUAUUGACAAUGUCCUCUCGCCCUCGCUGGCGCGCAUGUCGCGCAAGUCUAGUAUGGAUAGUACAGCGUCUUCGUCGGCACCUCCACCUGCCUCCGCACCGCCUACCUCUUCGUCCUACUCGUCUUCCUCCCGGCCAGCCGAAUCCUCUCUCCCCACACCGCCAUCCACGACCUCAUCUCUACCGCCCGCGAGCGCGUCACUACCACCGAAGCCCGACUUGUCCGGCCAGCUCCCGCGCCCGCCCACGCUCCCGCAGCGGUCGGGCCGCGGCGGGCGUGGUCGCCUCAUGGAGAACCUGCAAACGCAGUUCGGUGCGCCAUCGCCCACAGGGACGAAUCCGUCGUUGCUGGGUUGGGGCGCUUCUGUAGGAGGUGCGAGAUCGCCGCUCAACGCGUCUUCGCCCGUUUUGGGACCGGGCUCAUCGGCGUGGGGCGACCGGCGCACCACCGACCCGCGUAUGCGAGGGUCGGCGAGUAACUCGCCUGUCAUUCCGCCGCCGCCAGGACAGCGUUGA